AUGUGCUCAUAAAUAUUUUGCAAAAUCGAAGUACGCAGAAGACGAAAAACAACAACCAUUCGUCUCGAAGUUUAAUAGUAAUCGAAAUGCAGAAGGAUAAUUCGAAAUCGUAUUUUAUCGAUUUCCCUGGAGACGAAAGUCACGAUGUGCAUGAAACAUCUGCAAGAGUGAGAAACAUGUUAGUCAACGUCUCCAAACUUUUGACGGCUCCAAAAAUGUCGGGGGAACUGACUGUGCCACAUUUUGUGACGUAUCUUAUUAAAAAGUUACCGACAACGGUAUACUUUUGUAUAAAAAACAAUAUUAAAAGUGUCAUGGUGACGUCAUCCAUCGAUAGGUUCUUGAAAUCAAUAGUCAGUAUUAAAAAGAGAACAGCAAUGCCAAGAACACCUGAUACAAGGUCUUCACAUCCAUAAAUGAUGUUAUACAAGAUGAUCACACUCGAGAUAAUGUGACCAUCUUUAUAGGACCAUCAGGGUCUGGAAAAACGAG